AUAAUAUUAGGAAUCAAUGAAAAAGCAAUAGGCAGGAGGAUUAGGAAUGAAUGAACGUAAGCAAGAGACUACACAAACAAACAAUAGAAAAUUCAGGACCGCCCGCCCAUAAUGGGCCCGGUUCAUCCAAUAACAACAGUGCCUAUAUUUAUAAUACAGAGCCAGCAUAUAACCAGACAAACCAUCCUGACGCUUUCUCCAUUGAUACGCAACGCAAGGCUUGGUUUGGUUUGGUUGCGUCUUGAUAUCUACCCAAAUCUGCCAGCCAAUCCAUCCCUAUUAGUAUUAGGGGGAAGGAUUGAAUCUUUAAGAAUCUAUCUUGAAUCUAAGAUAUAGAUAGCUAGAUCUCUGUUUCUCAUUAUUAUGCUGGCAGGUUUUCUAGAUUCGUGACCAAAUAAACCAAUACCGGAGAACAAAAAAGACUCAGAUACCGUUGAUAACCGGGCGUUGAUUCCGAUACCCAGUUGUCUGUAAUUGAGAUUGGGUUUUCUAUUUGAUGGGUUUUGUUGCUGAGUCAAAUCAGGGGGCUAUUGGUAAUGGAGGAAAGUCAGGGUUAAGAAGUUUGGUGAGGAGGAAACGUGUUGAUUCGGUUCAUUCGAAGUCAUUAGAGACAGGCCAUCAUCAAUUGGCUAAGGAAUUAUCGAUUGCGCAUCUCAUCGCCAUAGGUGUUGGUUCGACAAUCGGAGCUGGGGUUUACAUUCUUGUGGGUACAGUUGCUAGAGAACAUUCUGGCCCUGCUUUAGCCUUUUCUUUCCUUAUUGCUGGUAUAGCAGCUGCUCUUUCUGCCUUUUGUUAUGCUGAGCUUGCAAGUCGCUGUCCUUCAGCUGGAAGUGCCUAUCAUUAUUCCUACAUCUGUGUUGGAGAAGGUCUUGCUUGGAUAAUCGGAUGGGCUUUGAUUUUGGAAUAUACAAUUGGAGGAUCUGCAGUUGCUCGUGGCAUUUCUCCUAAUCUGGCAUUGCUCUUUGGAGGCCCAGAUAGUCUACCAUUUUUUCUUGCACGCUAUUCUAUUCCUUCACUUGGUAUUGUGGUCGACCCUUGUGCAGCUUUCUUGGUGUUUAUUGUUACAGGGCUACUAUGUGUUGGAAUCAAAGAGAGCACUUUCGUGCAAUCAGUGGUCACGACUGCAAACAUAUGUGCUAUGAUCUUUAUUAUUUUAGCGGGUGGAUAUCUAGGGUUCAAAAGUGGAUGGAUCGGGUAUAGACUUCCUGUUGGGUACUUUCCAUUUGGAGUUGAUGGGAUGCUUGCUGGAGCUUCCACUGUAUUCUUUUCAUACAUAGGGUUUGAUUCAGUUGCCAGCACAGCAGAAGAGGUGAAGAACCCUCAAAGGGAUCUGCCUUUGGGAAUUGGAGCUGCACUAUCUAUAUGCUGCAUGUUAUAUAUGUUGGUGUCUGCAGUGAUUGUUGGUUUAGUGCCAUAUUAUGCCAUGGAUCCUGACACCCCUAUCUCUUCUGCAUUUGCAAGUCAUGGUGUUCAAUGGGCAGUGUAUAUCAUAACAAUUGGAGCUGUCACUGCUCUAUGCUCGACUCUUAUGGGUUCACUUUUGCCUCAACCACGAAUCUUGAUGGCAAUGUCCAGAGAUGGUUUACUCCCAUCAUUCUUUUCAGAAGUAAAUAAACGCACACAAGUUCCAGUGAAGAGCACAAUUCUGACUGGUGUGAUUGCUGCUGCCUUGGCAUUUGCCAUGGAUGUUGAACAGCUGGCAGGGAUGGUGAGUGUAGGUACACUUCUAGCAUUCACAAUGGUGGCAGUUUCAGUGUUGAUACUUAGUAACAACAUUAGAACCGAGGAAAUUGAUGUUGAGAUUAGCAAAAGUCAGACUGGGGAGAAAAAUAUAUCUAAAAAAGGAGAAGCAUCAGCUGAAUAUCCUCUAAUUGCUAAAAUAUCAGCUCAAGCCAAAUGCAAGGAAAGCAAGAGAAGAAAUAUUGCAGGGUGGGCUAUAAUACUUACUUGUAUUGGAGCAUUGAUUCUUACAUAUUCAGCCUCGAAUCUUGGCAUUCCUAGAUCUUUUCGGUUGACACUAUGUGGAGUUGGUGGACUUCUGUUAUUAUUGGGUCUAGGUGUGCUAAGUUGUAUAGACCAGGAUGAAGCCAGACAUAAUUUUGGGCACUCAGGCGGUUUCAUAUGCCCAUUUGUUCCUCUCCUACCUAUCCUGUCGAUUCUCAUCAAUGUAUAUUUGCUGCUAAAUCUUGGGGCGGAUACAUGGAUGCGGGUAUCGGUGUGGCUGGUAAUUGGAGUGUUUGUGUAUGUGAUUUAUGGGCGGAGUCAUAGCUCCCUGCAACAUGCAGUUUAUGUACCUGCAGCUCAUGUGGAUGAAAUUUACAAGAGCAGUGCCGAAUCAUUGAAUUCUUAAUUCAGAUUGUUUGGCAUCAAAUAGUAACGUUUGUACUUUAAAAAGCUUUUUGUAAUAUAUGUGCCAAGGGAAAUGUUUAUUUGAUGUAAAUAUUUAUUUAUAUAUACAUAUAUGUAUUUACUUAUUGAAUUAUUAUUGUUACUAGGGUUUGUGGAAUUCCCUGUCGGGAAUUCCAGAAUGUAAUGUAUAAUUUCUUCUACGGUAGUUUAAAGAAUUGUAGUGUUUUACCUUGGCAAGAUCUGUUAAUUUAUUUCUGUUGAUAAAAAUUCAGUUUACAUACAUACAGAUAGAGUCCAUUAUCAAUCAGAACAUGACUCCUGACACAUACUGCAGUCUGAAGCCAGCAACCACCAUCCAUGUUCAACAACUGACAGUCUGACAGGCACCACUAACUAAAACUCUACAAGACAUUUCUAGGGCGGACAUAGUGUAG